AUCCCUAGUUUCGUGUUUUAAGAGAGGGAGAAUUCACGGACUGUACAGCUCUUCAACGUUUGUGGCGUUCACAGAAUAAAACCGUAUGGAAUAAAGGGAUUGUGCACUAGGGAAGCAGAGGUAAAGUUCAGGACGAUCAUGGCUCGGAAAAAGGGUAUGAAGCGCACAUUUGUAGUGGUUUUCAUGUCUCUGGCUGUGUUCUUUUUCUUGGGCAUUCUUGUAGGGUUGCCUCUGAUGGAGCUCAAGAUCACAGGAUACCCUUAUAGUACAUCAUACAUGCACAACAAUGGAUGGCUUGUUUCGACCUCAAGAAAUCAGCAGAGGAAACACACUCAAAAUGUAAGAAUGCAGCUUGUUUCUGAAAUGAAGGCAGAAAAUAUAAAAGCCUUUCUCAGAGAUUUCACAAAAACUCCUCAUCUGUCAGGAACAGAGCAGAACCUUGAGCUUGCCAAACGUAUUCAGUCCCAGUGGAAAAACUUUGGACUGGAUAAAGCAGAGCUAGUACAUUAUGAUGUCUUGUUAUCAUACCCCAAUGAAAGCAAUCCCAACUACAUCUCCAUUAUUGAUGAAAAUGGACAUGAGAUAUACAACACGUCACUGUUUGAAAUCCCCCCGAAAGGAUAUGAAAACUUUACAGACAUUGUACCUCCUUACAAUGCGUUUUCUGCGCAGGGUGAACCCGAGGGAGAUCUUGUGUAUGUAAACUAUGCCCGGACAGAAGAUUUCUUCCUUUUGGAGCGGAAUAUGAGUAUUAACUGUACUGGAAAAAUUGUUAUUGCCAGAUAUGGGAAAAUCUUUCGAGGAAACAAAGUAAAAAAUGCUAUGCUGGCUGGUGCCAAAGGAAUUAUCCUGUUUUCUGAUCCAGCUGAUUACUGUGCUCCUGGUGUGAAACCCUAUCCGGAUGGUUGGAAUCUGCCGGGAGGUGGAGUCCAAAGAGGAAAUGUCCUUAAUUUGAAUGGUGCAGGAGAUCCUUUAACUCCAGGAUAUCCUGCAAAAGAAUUCACAUAUAGGUAUAACGCUGACGAAGGGGUUGGACUCCCGAGCAUUCCUGUCCAUCCCAUAGGCUAUCAUGAUGCCGAACAGAUACUUAAACUUAUGGGCGGACCCUCGCCUCCAAAUUCCUGGAAAGGAAACCUUAACAUUUCUUAUAACAUUGGGCCUGGCUUUCUGAGUAAUGUUUCCACAAGAAGGAUCCGUAUGCAUGUUAACACCAAUAACAAAGUUACCAGAAUAUAUGAUGUUAUUGGCACUAUCAGGGGAGCGCUUGAACCCGAUCGUUAUAUAAUUUUGGGCGGUCACAGGGAUUCUUGGGUUUUUGGUGGAAUUGAUCCGACAACGGGAGCAGCCGUACUGCAAGAAAUCGCAAGAAGCUUUGGCAAAAAACUGAGAGAAGGCUGGAGACCCAGAAGAACAAUUAUUUUUGCAAGCUGGGAUGCAGAAGAGUUUGGACUGUUAGGAUCCACUGAGUGGGCAGAGGAAAAUGCAAAAAUUCUCCAGGAACGUGGUGUAGCUUACAUUAACUCAGACUCUUCUAUAGAAGGCAACUACACUCUGAGAGUUGAUUGCACACCACUGUUGUACAAACUGGUUUAUAAUCUGACCAAACAGAUUGCUAGCCCAGACGAAGGCUUUAAAAACAAGUCUUUAUAUGAGAGCUGGCUUCAAAAAGACCCUUCUAUAGACAAACCAGAUUUGCCAAGGAUAAAUAAACUCGGAUCCGGAAGUGAUUUUGAAGCAUACUUCCAACGACUGGGGAUUGCAUCAGGACGAGUCCGCUAUACCAAAAAUAGGAAAACUGACAAAUACAGUAAUUAUCCCGUAUAUCACACUGUUUAUGAAACCUUUGAGCUUGUUGACCAGUUUUACGACCCCACAUUCAAAAAACAACUGGCUGUUGCUCAGAUGAGAGGAUCGCUGGUUUAUGAGCUUGCGGACUCCAUGGUUUUACCAUUUAAUGUCCAGGACUACGGGGAAGAGCUGAAGAAUUAUGCAGACAGUAUUUAUAAACUGGCCAAGAAGAAUGAUCAUGAAAUGGAUGAAUUCGGUGUAUCAUUUGACCCACUCUAUUCGGCCAUUAAAAACUUUACCGCUGCUGCUAAUGGGCUCCAUCAAAGACUUGACAAGGUUGAUUACAACGAUCCUCUAGCUGUACGCAUAUUGAAUGACCAGUUGAUGUUUGCGGAACGCGCUUUCAUUGAUCCAUUAGGAUUACCUGGGAGGCCAUUUUACAGGCAUAUCAUUUUUGCUCCAAGUAGCCAUAACAAGUAUGCAGGGGAAUCAUUUCCUGGAAUCUACGAUGCUUUGUUUGACAUUGAAAAUAAGCACGAUCAGCGAACAGCUUGGGAAGAAGUAAAAAGGCAAAUUUCAAUUGCAACCUUCACCGUGCAGGCUGCUGCCGAGACUCUCAGGGAGGUUUCUUGAAUAUCAUCAGUUGAAGUUACAGAGCAAGUGACUCAAGAAACUAGCAGCUAUUUAACAUGAAAAACAGAAAAUAAAUCUGUUUGCUGUAUGAUACAUGUGUAAAUCACUGGCAAGCUCAUUUAGAUGAGUGUAUUGUUUGACAUUGGUGCAAUAAUUCACAGUAUUUUUCAAGCUAUUUUGGUUCACCACUUCUGAAGUGAUACUCUUGGACCACGAUCAAGGUCUUUCACUGGUUCCAGGGGAAUGUAGAAUGCUGAUGUAUAUAUGAAAUGUCACGUUUUAUUUCUAUGCAAUAUGUACUAUUAAAUAUUUUUUAAGUGAA